AUGGGCAAUCUAUUGGGUUAUUUCUCGGGCUUGUUUGGUAGUAAAGAACGACGUAUCUUAAUAUUGGGUCUUGACGGAGCGGGAAAAACGACAAUACUUUAUCGACUUCAAGUCAGUGAAGUUGUCACAACCAUUCCAACCAUUGGCUUCAAUGUCGAAACUGUACAAUACAAAAAUUUAAAAUUUCAAGUUUGGGACUUGGGUGGACAAACAUCCAUUCGUCCUUAUUGGCGUUGCUAUUAUUCCAAUACGGACGCUAUUAUUUACGUUGUUGAUUCCAUGGAUCGUGAUCGUAUAACCAUAUCGAAACAUGAACUUGUUUCCAUGCUCGAAGAAGAAGAAUUGAAAAAUGCGGUUCUGUGCGUGUUCGCUAACAAACAAGAUCUCGAAGGUUGUAUGAGCGUUAGUGAAGUGGCGAACUCAAUUGGUUUGACCUCGUUGAAGAAUCGUAAAUAUCAAAUAUUCAAAACCUCGGCUAUCAAAGGUACUGGAUUGAACGAAGCAAUGGACUGGUUGGCGAAUUCACUACAACAAAAGAAAUAA